AUGUCGUUCCAAUACGUGCCUUUGCCUGGAGAUCAGGAAGGGAGUAUUCGGCUAAUAAAUCUUCUACCUAAGAAGGAGCAUCCGAAAAGUUGCGAGGGCCCUGACAAUAGCGCUGCUAUUAGGCCGCCACCGGCACGAGUUCAUUGUACCCUCUCCGUCGCCAAGUUGGAAGAGCCACCCCCAUAUGCCGCCUUGUCGUAUACAUGGGGGACCUUAGAUCGCAAAAGCACCAUCAUGGUCAAUGGAAUGCCAUUCCUGGCCACAGAAAAUUUAGAAAGUGCUCUCUAUCAUCUCACCCCCCAGGACCAGGCCCUUGUUCUUUGGGUGGACGCGAUUUGCAUCGACCAAAACAGCGAGGGCGAACGUCCGCAACAGCUUCAGAAAAUACGACAGAUUUACAGCGGUGCUACAUCUGUCACGGCUUGGUUAGGUCCGCCCAGAGAUAAUAGUGAUAUUGCACUGGGCUGGAUCCAGUAUUACGGGUCGUUGGCUGAUAGCCUCGGGAUCGGCACCAAACCGGAUCUUAUGCUGCUCUCACUCUUACAAUCACUUAGAUUGAGCCCGGCGAAACUGCCCGAGAACAACCGCCUAAAGACGUUUCUGAAAGAAAUCUCCAACGAGGUAACAUCGGAUUCUGGUCAGGCAGAAAGCAUCAGGGUAUCUCUGGCGAAGCUAUUUGACCGGCCCUACUGGAGCCGUGUUUGGGCUGUUCAAGAGAUGGCACAUGCCAAGUCUGUUCGGUUUGCUUGUGGUGACAAGUCUGUGUCUGAUGAUGCCCUUCACCAUGCCCUUAGACUCGUGAGAAACCUAAGGCAGUUCCAAAAGCUAAAGCAGGGCCACUAUGUACAGCAAGCCACUGUUAAGUCAAUAGGAUUUCCCACCAACACGCGCAAUGCCAUCAGUCUCUUGAAGGUUCAGAGAGCUACUGAACCCCUGCCACUCAUCUAUCUUCUUCGGACAUUCCGGUUCUUCAAAGCCAGUGAUCCGCGGGACCGACUUCUUGCACUUCUGGGAUUCGCUUCAGAUGCUGAUAUUUUGGGGCUUUCAUCUGACUUCCGAGACAAGUCUUAUGAGGAGUUGUACUGCGACGUCAUUGUUGGCCUUAUAACGAAUGGAUUCUUUGAUGUGCUGUCACUUUGCGAUCCUGAUAUCAGGAUCCCAGGAUACCCAUCGUGGACACCGGAUUUUACCAGGAUGCGAACACGGGUUCCCUUGCAGCAAAGGGCUUUGGAGCGGCAUAGCUCCCCUAUGAAGACCAGUCUCCGGCCAAAGUUCUCAGCUUCUGGGAAAAGAAAUCUAGGAAGCAAGAGCUGUCCACUGCCUGUCUCUUUAGGUUCACACCUGGUACUUCACGCUAAGCUGAUCGAUGUCGUGGAUCACGUGGGUACACAGUGGAAGGCGGGAUAUUCUCGUCGGUGGCUGGAGGAGCUCAGCCAAUUUUCCUUCCCUGAUGGUGCCAAGACUCUCAAGCCUCUCCCUCCUGCAUGCUUACAGGCCGUUCUACGUACGGCAGUUGCUGAUCAAGAGGGAUGGCGCGCAGCCGUUAAGCCUCGACUGAGUGAUUCGAUGGUAGUGAAAAUCCAAGAAGUAUUGGAGAAGUCAGGUCUACCCGACGAUACCGCAACACUCACUUCAUUCGGCGUAGAUGACUACGUGGACCAGUUACAAGACAUUGCCAAACAUAGGUGCCCAUUUCGAACAUCCACGGGCCGCAUUGGAAUUGGUCCACACCAGAUGAGGUCUGGUGACCGGAUCUAUGUACUCGCGGGGGCGCCGGUCCCCUAUGCUAUGCGUGAGGGGACGGAUCGAAAGCUGAGGCUCCUUGGGGAGGUGUAUUUGCAUGGGAUUAUGGACGGUGAGGCGCUUAAUAAUGUCAAAUCACUGGAUAAGAUUAAGUUGUAUUAA